CGCAGCCGGCGGAAGGGAUGGAAAAGGGGUUUUCUUUACAAAACCCCAGGGGCAGCCGAUCCUGGUGCCCCUCUGGGUAGCGAAAGGAGCUGUAGCAGGGAACCUCAGAAGCAGCAAGCUGGAACGGCAAGGAUGAGCAAAAUCUUGGAGUGGUAAACAAGAUGUAUCAUAAACCCCGUAGCUGUAGCAGGAGCUGAUCCCGGCAGGUAGAGGGUGCGUGGCUACAUUGUAGCAAAAACUUCAGGGCAGUAGCAGAGACAGCGGAGACUGGGCAGCGGCAGUCCAGCUCCUGAACACAGCAGGGAGAGGACCCCUCAGAGGGAGAAGGAGUUCGGGGUCCCGGGGUUUCCUCUGAGGCACACGAGCAGAUGGAGAAGAAUUACUCCAUGUCUGUGUAUCUGGUUCGCCAACUCACUUCAGCUAUGCUUUUGCAGAGGUUAAAAAUGAAAGGUAUCAGAAACCUCGAUCAUUCCAGAGCACUAAUUAAAGAAAAACUAACUGCAGAUCCUGAUAGUGAGAUUGCCACAACCAGUCUGUGGGUAUCUCUGAUGUGUCCUCUGGGAAAAAUGAGACUGACAAUCCCAUGCCGGGCUGUUACUUGCACACACCUGCAGUGUUUUGAUGCUGCUCUUUAUCUUCAAAUGAAUGAAAAGAAGCCUACCUGGAUCUGCCCUGUCUGUGACAAAAAGGCAACUUAUGAGAGCCUAAUAUUAGAUGGGCUCUUUAUGGAAAUUCUUAAUGAAUGUUCAGAUGUGGAUGAGAUCAAAUUCCAAGAAGAUGGGUUCUGGUGCCCCAUGAGGCCAAAGAAAGAAACUAUGAAAGUCUCAAGUCCACAGUGCACCAAAAUAGAAAGUUCCAGUGUUUUUAGGAAAUCCUGUUCUGUGACAGUGACCAAUGAGGUAAACAAGAAGAAAGUUGAUGUUAUUGACUUGACAAUAGAAAGCUCUUCUGAUGAAGAGGAAGAUCAUCCUGCCAAAAGGAAGUACAUAUUUGUGUCUGAAACACAAGGAAGCUCAACCAAAGGGGUUCUUGUGUAUCAGCCACCUACUGUCAGAGUGCCGAGCAUGACAAUGGUCAAUGCCACUGCUAUUCCACCUUCAUUAACAGACUACCCAGUACUAUUCCAUCAUCCACCAAUAUCCAGUAUUUCAUCAGACUUGUCAGGACUGAAUUUUCUUUCACUAAUCCCAGUUGAUUCACAGUACUGUCCUCCUAUGUUUUUGGAUAGUCUCACCUCAACCUUAACAAGCAGCGUACCUGGCAGCAUCAUCACAUCAACCAGCCACCACGAAACCAGCACACGUUAGCUCCUCCAGCAGGAGCAAGACAGGAGUGAUAACCAGAAGCAAAGGCAGUGCUCCUGACAUCAUCUCACUGGACUGAAACCAGGGGCAACACAGGACUCCCAGAGAGAUUGCACAGAGCUGCUGCUUGUAUCUCUGGAAAUUAAUCAUCUUGGAAGUUAUUCAGAUAUUUAUUGAAAGGAUUUGCCUUCUGGAAAAUGGAGUAAAUUCAUCAACACCAAACAGAAGUGAUAGAUUUAUUUUCUUUUUCUUGCUCAUUAAACAGCUGGCAUGGGUAAGGCCCCUUCAUAACAUGCAUUUAUGCUUUUGGUUUGUUCUGGGAAAACUUUGUUGCUGGAUGGAUACCACAAAUGUUUUUUAAUUUUGUUGUAAAACACAGCAGUAGUGUAAAAAAAAAACCAAAAAACUUUUUUAAUAAAAAGGGUACUUAACCACUCUAGAAUAACAACAACCUGGACAAAGGUGCAGAAGUGUAUGCACUGGUGAAUUUUUAAUAUUUUCAUGGGGACCUGUAAUAAACUUCAUUUAAGACCAUGAAGCUUUGAAAUAGCCAUGACUUGUGUUGUGUCUCUUGUUCCCCAUCUCCCCUUACCUGGGGACAUAGGGGAAGCCAAAGUAAAUGGGAUUGUUUGGUUUGUUUUUUUUCCCCUAAUUUCAUGUUUUUCACAAAUGCAACAAAAUCCUAAGAUGUGAUGACUUCUUAUUGUUCUUUGGACUGGGGCAGGGACAGACUAUCUAUGCAAACCCUGUGUUACACAGUCUCUGUGCUGUCAUGUCGGAAUUAGGACACAUCCCCACUACCAAAAACUCCAAAGUAUGCACAGUUGAAUGUAGUUGAAUUUCUGGUUGGAAAUUUAAGAGGUGAUAGGAAAAAAAAGCCUUUAAAUUCAAAUUCAUAUUAUUAAGUCCUCUUUGAAAUUGCGAGAUGAUCAAGUGAAGUGUGUGCUUUCUAUGGCAGCUGUAAGAAGAUAAGAAAGAAAUUGCUUUCUCCAGUGCAGGAUUACUUAAGAGGAUUUCACACUUCUGGUUUCUGUCACUUCAGUAACUGCUGUAUUUUAUGUGGGUGUACUGCACUCUGACUUGCUUUGGAGGAGGCUUGACUUUUUAGACGGUAGAACCUGUAACUGCACAGUGUUUCCACAGUGUUUCUGGGGGUAAUCUCAACAGUACUCUAUGUGGAAGAGGUUAAAGAGCAGGAAAAUAAAGUCAUUUUCAGAGAGCUGGAAUAAUGGUAUUGUCUAUGCAUGCUGACAGAGCAGCUUUUCCAAGUGUUAUGGAUAUACUGAGUAACUGUAUUUAAGAUUGUUCCCUGAUAACCAGCUUUCACUUUUUUCAUCUUAUUUCUUUAGUCAGAUCUCUGUUGCUUUUUGCCUUCCAUUACUGUUACAGUAUUUGAACAAAAAAUAUUGAAGCAGGAUGUUUUGUAACUUUUGUCUGCCCUGUACUCCCACCUUUAAUGGUGCAUUACUAUUCCUCAUUGCCUUUUUUUGUAUGAUCUUUCACAGCAGUCUUCAAUUCAUACAUUGAUCAUAGUAUUGCAUCCAAUUUUUCUUCUCCUUUCUUUAGCUGUUGGAUUUUUUGUACCUGUUAAGGAUCAGUUUUUAGCAUGAUUUAUUUCCAAUAAAGCCAUGUGACUCAUGGAGUUUUUUCCUAAUGCUCCCAGAGGAUCAGUGCUUUUUGCAUUACAAUUGCAUGGUGACUUGACCUGUAAAUAGAGUGUGAAGAGAGGUUCCUGAAUCAUUCUGAAUAAAGCAUUUAAAACCAG